GAAAGUAGUUGUUAAUUUCUGAAAUUAUAUUUUCUAAAAAAUGAUUCCGAAUUCUUAAGAAUAAUAUUCAUAUAUAAUGUGUAUUGGGAUUUGUAUUGGAUGUAAACGUGAUAUUGAAUAAUACGUUUUCAGCCCGUGCGACGGAAGUUAACCCUGCCAAUCUGCUGGUCCGAAGCCCAGAUAAAAGGUGACGGAUUUCCAUCAAUUCAGUAAAUUGCAAUACCAUCAUUCACACAGUCAUAACGGGCCAUGAAGUUUGCUUGUGAAUUAACGAUCAAAAGGCAUGCCGUCAUAUGCAUUGUGUUGAACGUUCUUUUGAUGGCUGCUUUUUUGAUACUUAUAACAAUCUGGGCGUUUGUAAGAGCGUCUUUAACGAUUCCCCAAGAAAGCUCAUCGUGUAUUGAUUGCGACACAAUGAUGUCUAAAACUUACACAACAUCCGGCCCAAGAGGUGGACAUUCUGCUAUCAUUAUGAGAGAAGAUGGGAUGUGCUGUGGACCAGUCAAAAUCCUUGCUCAGACUUUGUUACAAGAGGAAAUGGUUGAGCAGUACUUCAUCUACAGCAAAGACAGCCAAACUCUGCUUGACAUACUAGACGAAUCGAUGCUUGCUGAAUGUGAAAAAGAAACAAACAACAGGCAGCCCGUUUCAAAAGUUGUCGGUAUUGUAGAGUUCAAACCUAGUUACACAGUUGACAGUCAUUACAGAGUCCUUUGGAAUAAAAACGGGCGCACAUUUUCAGCAAACAAUUGCAUACACUUAGAACUCGAAGGAGAAAUAUUUGUCCGACAACCUGGCUAUUACAUUGUUUCUUCGCAACUGAAUCUUAAACGACAAAAGGAUACAAGCACCUCUAGAAAUGAAACCAGACCGACGAUCUUCAAUCAUCAUGUCGAUCUCCUUUCACAUCAGUAUGGCACGACGGGUAUCCUCAUGCAAACCAAGAAAUCAAUUGAAAGAAAAGACGGUUACUAUUCAAGUUUCCUAUCAGCGGUUUUUAAGCUAAACAAGCAUGAUAGGCUCUCAGUAUCUGUGUCGAAUCCUGAAUAUUUAGAUAUUGACAACCCCAAUAAUCAUUUUCUGGCUUACUAUACCUAUGAUCUGCCAUACUAAAAUUGGACUUAAAUUCAUAAAGCAAUGAUUUUAUUUUUAUAGACCUCUAUAUUGCCAUUUUAUUUCCAUCUUAACGAAUUUAAACUAUUUUGUUUUAAAUACGUGUUAUCAAAAUAGAAAACAAAUCUUAGUACCAAAACAUAUUGGGGUAUAUAUAGACCAUAAUUAAACCUGACACAUGCAAUUAAGCUAAAGAGUUUGUCUCAUUCAAUGUAUGACUAUAUGUAGUGAUUGUGUCACAAUUUAUAUAUACUGUCUUAUUUCGAUCAUUUGCCGUCCAGUAUGGGCUAAACUAGGCAAACACGAUACAAAUAAGUUCUUCUAAACAGCUGAUAUUUUUAUACAUAAGCCUAUCGGAACAUCAUCAAUUAAAAUAUUUAAACAGCAGAAAAGGAUGAAUCAAAAUCGAAUCAAGUAUCAUGAAUGCAUUUCUGUGUAUAACAACCAAUGCCCUGAAAACAUGAAAGAUCUGAUUACAUGCUCGACUAAUGAAAUGUACAAUUAUCGAUUUUCUAGCCUUGUGCCUCUAUACAUACAAAUAAUCUGUCAAUAAUUGUUUUGCACACACUUUUAAAAAAUAGAUAAGUCUACGGGAUACAAUCUUUAUUGCGAUUUAUAUGUUUUGUCAUUGGCUUAACGGGAUAAACUCAGACUAUAAAGCAUACAUAUAUUAAACUAAGGUGAAACUCUGAGUAAAAUGCUAAAUAUAAGGUCUGCUCGUAGAUGCUCAUUAGAAUGAUUUACAUUAAAAUGUUAAUUAAUAUGUAUUAAUCAUAAGCGACCUCGAUCGUUACUUUUGAUUUAGAUCAUAAAUCAAUAUUAAUCCAUGUUUUAAGGUGGUAACUUUUAUUUUUUUAGUAUUUAUCAAUAUGUAUCCAUGUUCUAAGGCGGUCACUUUUAUUUGUAAUUAUGCAUCAAUUUGUAUACAUGUUUAAGGCAGUAACUUUUAUUUGUUAUCAUUUAACGAUAUUUAUGUUGCAUCAAAGUAUGCAGGCGGUAUUUUUUAUUCGCAAUGACUUAUUGUGUACAGUCAUGUUUGAAGGUGGUAACUAUUUUUUGUAUUUACCAAUAUAUAUCCAUGAUCUAAGGCGGUAACUUUUAUUUGCAAUUAUUUAUCAAUAUGUAUUCAUGUUUAAGAAUGUAACUUUUAUUUGUAAUCAUUAAUUAAUUGUUAUCCAUGUUUAAGGCGGUAACUUUUAUUUGUAAUCAUUUAUCAAAAUGUUUUCAUGUUUAAGGCGUCAACUUUUAUUUGUAAUCAUUUAUCAAUAUGUAUCAAGGUUUAAGACGGUAAUUUUAUUUGUAAUCAUUUAACCAAAUUUUUUUUGUAAUGACUUGUCGAUUUUCAUAGUGUAUUUAUGUUUCAAGCAGACAACUUUCACUUCAGCGAUUUAUAUAUAUACAUUUAAUAUCCAUAUGUGAGUUUCCGGGCUGUGACUUUAUUGCUUACAUUUGUUCUAUAUUCAAAGUGUAUCCAUGAUUCAAAGCGGCUUUUAUUGUAUUUCUACGAGUUAUCGAUCAUCAGUGUAUAAUUGAUCCGUGUUUGAAGGUCAAACCUUGUAUCUUUAACAUUGUAUCGAUAAGUAUAGUUCAUCACUUUUGUUGUGAAAUAUUUAUAGUGUACGUAUACGUUAAGAUAAUAGCGUUGAUUUUUAACGAUUUAUCAUAUUAAUGAACUGUUCAUGUUUCAACACGGUAGCAUUUGUUUUUAACGUGUUAUCGAUAUAUACAGUGUAUUCAUGUUUUCAGCCCUUUAAUCUCUUUAGAUUUACUGAUAUUAGUUGUGGCAGAAGUGGAAGUAUAUCAAUGUUUCAAGAUGGUAAUUUUUGUUUUAACGAGUAACCGUCAUUAGAAGUGAAUAAAGGUUCCAAGGUGGUAAGAAAGCUUGAGUGUACCGAUAUUUAUCCAUGUAUCGAGACCUUAUCUUUUAUUUAAAGUGAUUUAUCGCAUAUGUUUAUAAAGUCUAUCUAAUAAGUAUGUUCUGAAUAAUUGAAUCGUGUAUAUAUUACCUUUGACAAUUGUGUAGUAUUUUUUUCCAACUGUUCGGAAUUUUACCAAUGUAAAAUAUCAUUAUGAAUUCUUUGUAUUUUACACCCGACGACUUCACGUGAUAUAUCUCAACAAUAAAGAUUGUGAAGUUAAACAAAAGAGUUUGAUUACUGGUCACCAGGUCGGACAAGUGGGUUUCCUCCGGAAACUCCGGUUUUCGCCACAAAGCCGGACUACCCUCUCACGUAAAAUCGUGCGAACGAGAGUGAUUAAUAUAAAUAUGAAAUUAUGUUGUUGUAACCUAAUUCCCAAUUUUAGUAAAACGCUAGCAAAUGUUUGCUUUGUUUUUGAUGUUUAUAAGCUUCAUGGGUGAUGUUUAAGUAAUAAAAAAUUAUCUGUUUUCGAACGAUGCCAUUAACUAUAUAAUUGCCUCAACAUAUUGCUUUUAAUAUAUAUAACAAGAAUUUAAAAAAGUGGCAAGGAAAACGUCAUUUGUUUAAUGUUGCUUCUAAUUGCAAAUAUUGCUCUAUAUUAUCAAAACAUCCAGAAAGAUGAUACAAAUGAAUAGUUAAAGGGAUACUAUCAUGCUCACUAUUUAUAAUAUGACUGAAUGGAUGCAAUCCGUGACACAACUCAUGAUGCACUUAUGAUGUAUAGUAUGUAUUUUUGGCCAGUGACUAAACAAUUGACUUGACUUGAGUGAAUGUUCAAGGGUAUAGUUUUAUUUUUACGAUUAAUGUAUCGAUUAUAAGUAUAAGUAGUGUAUCCAUGUUUUAAGCUACAAACAUUGCUUUAAAACAUUUGCUUAUGUUUCAUGAUGGUCCUUUUUAUGCUAAUUGAUUUAUCGC